CAUGCGUAAGGCUCCGGCAUCAUCAGCGCGCGUGCGCCGCGCAGCGCCUCUCUCCCCCGCCCCUCGUUGCUGCUGCUUCUGCUGCUGCUGCUGCUGCUGCAGCUGCUGUUGACUGACGGCCCGCGUUAGCGCUUCAGAGUUACUGGUUUAUUCUUGAGACUUAUCUACUCUGAGCCAUCCUCAUGGAUGAACUUCAGGAUGUUCAGCUCACAGAGAUCAAACCACUGCUAAAUGACAAGAACGGCACACGAAACUUCCAGGACUUUGACUGUCAGGAACAUGACAUUGAAACACCCCAUGGUACAGUCCACGUCACCAUAAGAGGGUUACCAAAAGGAAACCGACCUGUUAUCCUGACAUACCAUGACAUUGGACUCAACCACAAAUCCUGCUUCAACACGUUCUUCAACUUCGAGGAUAUGCAGGAGAUCACCCAGCACUUUGCUGUCUGUCACGUGGAUGCCCCAGGCCAACAGGAAGGGGCACCCUCCUUCCCAACAGGGUAUCAGUACCCCACCAUGGAUGAGCUAGCUGAAAUGCUGCCUCCUGUUCUUACACACUUAAGUGUGAAGAGCAUCAUUGGUAUUGGAGUCGGAGCAGGAGCCUACAUCCUCAGCCGAUUUGCACUCAAUCAUCCAGAGAUGGUAGAAGGUCUUGUGCUCAUUAAUGUCGACCCGUGUGCUAAAGGCUGGAUUGACUGGGCAGCAUCAAAACUCUCAGGCUUGACGACCAACAUUGUGGACAUAAUUUUGGCUCAUCACUUUGGCCAGGAGGAGCUGCAGGCUAAUUUGGACCUCAUUCAAACCUACAGACUGCACAUCGCUCAAGAUAUCAACCAAGAAAACCUCCAGCUCUUCCUGGGUUCCUAUAAUGGACGCAGAGACCUGGAGAUUGAAAGACCUAUCCUGGGCCAAAAUGAUAACAGAUUGAAAACGUUAAAGUGCUCUACUUUACUGGUGGUGGGCGACAAUUCACCUGCUGUGGAGGCUGUGGUUGAAUGUAAUUCUCGCCUUGACCCUAUAAAUACGACUUUGCUAAAGAUGGCAGACUGUGGAGGACUGCCCCAAGUAGUUCAGCCUGGGAAGCUCACCGAGGCCUUCAAGUACUUUUUGCAGGGAAUGGGCUACAUCCCGUAUGUGCAGCUCAGUCACCUCACCAGCGAGUCAGUACCGUCUGCCAGCAUGACCCGCCUCGCCCGGUCACGAACCCACUCCACCUCAAGUAGCAUUGGCUCUGGAGAAAGUCCUUUUAGCAGGUCUGUGACCAGCAAUCAGUCAGAUGGAACUCAAGAAUCCUGUGAGUCCCCUGAUGUCCUGGACAGACACCAGACCAUGGAGGUGUCUUGCUAAGCAGAUUCUCCUCCCUUGGACCAUGCAAGUCCCUCCUCCUUGAAAUGACCACUCCAUAAUAGAACAUUUCAUCCUGUCAGCUGGCCUCCACUUUCACUCAUGCAUGGCCAUAGUACCUUUCUCUAAGUAGCCUGGAUUUACCAUUCUCUCUACACACCCUUUUUGUAUGUACCAAGAACCACACCCAUGCCAUUACUGUAACAUUCCAACUUCUUGAUCCGAUCUGAUCUCCAUAUCUUCUCUUGCCAGCCUUCCCCUGUGCUCCCUCAAAUAUGUAUCUGAGGAGAUUCUUUGAUUCCCAACUCCAUGUGUGUGCGAGCACGCGUGUCUGUGUCUGUGUGCAUAGUUCUGUGAUUUUAGACAUGCUUUCUUGUAGCGCUUCUGCAAAAGGGACUUGUUUGCAUCCUCGGUGGCAUUUUUAAGGGAAAUACGCAGAGCAGAUAUCUGGGUGGCCACAAGAUUGGGUUUUGGUUCCACUUGGACAACAGUAUUUGCAGAGUGAUUUCAGGAGAGGGCACAUCUGAGGAAUGUGGGAGACUCUGCGGGCCACUGAUCGGCUGAGACCAGUAGAAGGGCUACCUGUUACACAGAUAGGCAGGCAGGGUGGCAGUCACCUCCCCCAUCCAAGUGGAUUCACUUAUGUUGCCCUGUGAGUCAGAGGGA